AUGGAUAUCGUCUCUAGAAAAUUUGUCACCAAGCAAUCCAGAUAUUUCUACAGCGGCAUACUUGAGGGUAAAAAGCCAAACUAUGAUCAGGAUGAUGUUGAUACAGUGGAGCAGCAGCUACACGAAUAUUCAUCUGCCUACAUUGAUUCAUGCGAUGAAACAAGUCUUUGGGGAUUUACAACACUCGGCACCAAGAUACGAUUUUGGUUCUACAAGAGAGCUAGCAACGGUUUGGUUGCAUAUCUUCCACAAACUACAGCUUCAUACACCGAUGCACCAUACAUCGACGCCAAUGCACGAGAAACGGAGGAUUUGGAAGCAGCUUUCGAGUAUAUUAGAAACAACCCCUGGCCAACUAAAAAUACGAGAGGUGUAUCACCGGAUAUCCCCGCUCAACCUCCCAGCACGAUUCCUUUUUCUGGGACGACUGUAUCGCCUCUUAGAUUAACUUCCCAUCCGCACAUUCAUACAGUCCCGCCGGCCACGACUGCCCAAGCUUCUGCCCAAACAUCGGCUUCAACUUCCCAACCGUCUUCUUCUCCAUAUACUUACAAAAUUCCGCCGGCCACGACUGCCCAAGCACCGCCUCCUUCUGCAAACGUUUAUGCAAACACCUCUGCCCAAACAUCGGCUUCAACUUCCCAACCGUCUCCUUCUCCAUAUACUUACACAAUUCCGCCGGCCACGACUGCCCAAGCACCACCUCCUUCUGCAAACGUUUCUGCAAACAAUUCUGCCCAAACAUCGACUUCAACUUCCAAACUGUCUCCUUCUCCAUACACCCACAAAGAUCCACCGGCCACGACUGCUCGAGCAUCGUCUCCUCCUGUCAUGCUGGACGAAAGCGCAGUAAACAAGUACUGGGUGUCAUCUAUUGAUAUUUCAUGGAGGGUACUGAAACAAGAUCUAGAGAUAUAUCUUCCUGUUUCUUUCCUAGAGCAACGAAAAAAUGAUGACGGUGACAAUGGGUAUUAUUUUGAGUCUAAAAAAUUAAUUCAGGGAAAGGAGAGAACUUCAAUGUUUGCUGAUCUGAAGGCAGAUAGUGCAGCUUGGAAAAAGGAAGGAACAAGACAUUAUAGUGAAUCGAAAACUCAUAAAUGGAGGAAGAAGCAUGGAGCAACUUACUAUAGGAAAGAGUAA